AUGGGAUUCAGCAGUGAAGUCGCAGAAGUCAAUCGACUCGCCCGCGUGCAGGAGAACCAGCGGAGAAGCCGCGCUCGCAAGCAGGAGUACGUUCGGGAGCUGGAGCAUCAAUUAGCAGCGUUUGAAGAGGAAACCAAGCGGACGGACAUCAAGAAUCGAAUCGCCUUGCAGAAAAAGGAAGCAGAGAAUCAGCACAUAAAAAAUCUAUUUGUGUUGCUCGGUUUCUGCCUCCUCAAUUAA